GGCACGUCACCGCUACACUGUGCUGCAAACGGAGGAAACAUUUCCAUUGUGAGUUUGCUUCUUCAACAAGGAGCCGACCCGCUCAAGUCGACAUGUCACGGCUGGACUGCACUGCAUCACGCCGCCUUCAUGGGGCAUUCUCAAAUUGUCCAACUACUCCUCGAGGACGACCGCGUAAGAUCCAGCGUCUCUCAGCAGGAUAACCAUGGCUGGUCUGUUCUCCAUCUGGCUAUUCAUAGUCGAGAUUUGGCUACUCUCGAUGUCCUGAUUGGCAACUCCGUCAUUGCAGAGACUCGGGCCCUGUUUGAUGAGAGUGGCCUCACUGCAGAAGACUGGCUAGAUCUCAGCUCAAGCAGCCAUUCCUACAAAGCGACCAGUAACUUGGCUUUCAGCAAGUCACGCUGCUGCAGGGCAGUCACAGGCUUACGACAGGCUGUUAUCUCAGGCAACGUUCCUAUGAUACAACUCCUCAUCAAAACGGGUCAGGACGUUAAUGACUCAAAUUCUGGAAGAAGGACCGCGCUCUACUACGCUGUGAAGAAGCGCAUGCUUUCUAUCAUGGAUCUGCUUCUUGAUAACGGUGCGGAUCCCAAUAUCCUUCCAGUAGGACGCAAAACCUGGGAAGAGUUUAUUUCGAAUGGCGAAGUUUUACGACGACUUAACCGGGCUGGCUACAAAAAGCGAGGUACCGACCCUGCGGUAGAGCGCAAGAUUAGACUUGCAAUUAGAGCCCAAGGCCAAUUCUCUGUUCCGCAUCGAACAGUCUCAUUUGCCCCGGACGAGUUGAUUUCACCAAUGGCGUGGCAGUCGACCCCCCCUGUGCUAGAUCAAUCGUUAUCACCUGUCCUGGUUUCGUCAGCGCCAUCUUUCCCGGAUAAUUCGGCUCCAGAGACUACAGACCAAAUAAAUGGCAAACGUAGAUUGCCAGAUAAUUCAGCUCUGGAACCUACACCCCAAACAAACGACAAUAAGCGAAAAUUGGAGACAGUCCGGUCCCGCGCAACACGCUUUUGGAAACGACUGAUACGAUAGCGAAUUCAUAUUCCGUAGAGAUGAAAGUGGGGGAAGAUGUGGUUGUGGAAUAUACUUUGAGCUGUAAUUAGACAAGUAAAGUAAGACUCUACGCCGAAUUUCUUGGAGUCUUUACAAAUUAUUGCAAAAUACAUACUAUAGUAAUAUUAUAAAUUAAGAUAUAGGAU